UAUUUUUGUCUUUGUGUUAGUGGUUUUAAUUUUGGUAUCUUAAUUAUAGCAUCUUUUUGAUUUCCUAUUCACGCCUGAAUUCAUCAUUCCAAUACGUUUCUUCUCUGUUUUGUGUUCGAAUGGAGGCUUUUCGUUUCUUGGUGUUAGUUGGCGAUAGCUCUAGUGGUGUGUUCUUGGCGGAGGGGAGUCAGCAGAAUUCGGUUGGCGGUUGUCACGGUUUGGAAGACUUGUGGUGCAGUGAUGGUGGAUGGCGGCGGUGUUGGCGGUCGGCGACCUCAGCGGUCUGGUCCGGAGAUGGGUCGGCAAGUCAAGGUCCUCGAAUCAAAGACCGGGAGAUCCAGAGGUUUUGGUUUCGUUACCUUCAAGGACGAGCAACCAAUGAGUGAUGCUAUCGAGGGGAUGAACGGCCAGUCCCUUGAUGGGCGUAACAUAACAGUUAACGAGGCUCAGUCUCGCGGAAGCGGCGGCCGCGGUGGCUGUUUCCGUGGUGGACGUUGUGAGGGUGGCGGCGAUGGGGGCUAUAGCCGCAGGGAUGGUGGUUAUGGUGGCGGUGGCUAUGGCCGCAGGGAUGGUGGUUAUGGCAGCGAUGGCUACAGCAGAGGAGAUUUGGAUUUCAUGUUCAACUGCAAGAUUUGGAUUUCAUGUUUAACUGCCACUGCUCUAAGGAUGACCAUUGCCUGA